ACGUAGCAAACAAGGUAGAAAAGAUCUGCAAGCAUUUCGUCAUUACCUCCUUGUCAGGAGGAACGUUUUACGAAGGUCCAGAAUCAGUUUCCUGCCGUAGGAUAACGUAACAUCGGGCACAGUCCUUCGGAUACCGAACGCGUUAAACGUUUUCCCAUAACAACAGCGUAAUGUCUGGAGUGAACGUAUCACGCAACGAGGUGGUGCAGUUCGUACUGCGGAUCUCGCUGUUAUCAAUCGUCACCUACUACUCUGCGAAAUGGUUGAUCCGGAAUUUGGAUCCGUCCAACAAAACCAAAAAGAAAGCCAUCGAGCAUGCGGAGGAUAUUCUGAAGAAGUUGAGUCCCACACUCAAAAAAUCUGCUGUACAGAACCUAAACGAAUACGAAAUGGUUAUUGCGUCCCACUUGAUUGUGCCGGAGAACAUUUCUGAAAGCUGGGACAGCAUUGCCGGAUUGGAUCACGUGUGUGAGGAAAUCAAGGAGAGUCUCGUGUUUCCCGUGUGCCACCGUGACAUGUUUGCCGGAUCGGCGCUCUAUCAACCACCGAAAGGAGUGUUACUUUAUGGUCCACCUGGUUGUGGCAAAACGCUAAUCGCCAAGGCAACGGCAAAGGAGGCUGGUAUGCGCUUCAUUAAUCUGGACGUCGCGAUGCUGACGGACAAGUGGUAUGGUGAGUCGCAGAAGCUCGCGUCGGCUGUGUUCUCGCUGGCGGUAAAAAUUCAACCAUGCAUCAUCUUCAUCGAUGAGAUCGAUUCGUUCCUUCGCGCGCGUAACUCUUCCGAUCACGAAGCCACGGCUAUGAUGAAAACGCAGUUUAUGAUGCUUUGGGACGGCCUUAAUACCGAAUCCGAUUCGACCGUAAUCGUCAUGGGGGCCACCAAUCGUCCGCAGGAUCUUGACAAAGCUAUUCUCCGUCGUAUGCCAGCCCAGUUCCACAUCGGCUUACCUAGUGAAGAGCAACGCCAGAAAAUCCUACAACUUGUGUUGCAGAAGGAGCGGCUCUCGCCAGAGAUCGAUUUUGCCCAGCUGGCCCGCCUAACCAACGGUUUCUCCGGUUCGGAUUUGAAGGAAAUUUGCCGUAACGCGUCGGUUCACCGAGUGCGGAAAGUGAUGAAGAGCAAGGAGAUGAUUGCAGCGGUUCAAGCGGCUGCAAACAAGGCACACGCCAAUGGUACCGCUGAAGGAUCCUCCAAGACGAUGGCUAACGGAAAUGGUGUGUUGCCGGGCGUUUCUCAAACCUUCCAGGAAAUGGGUACCCCCGCCAUCACAAUGGAGGAUCUGACGGAAUCGCUGCGCGGCAUGAAACACUCCAAGUACACUACAGGCGUGGUUAGUGACGCACGGAUCGAUUUGGAUUAAGGUGCCUAGGAGAUAUUGCUAGUUGGCGUAUGGUUAUUUCCAGGUUGUUCACUAGUCUACAAGAGAAAGCAAACUACAUAGAAAUGAGUGUUAACAAAGAGAAGAAAUUCUACAUUCAAAACGAAAAAAUAUAAAUAUUCAUCUUCCUCUUGCGUGAUGCGUGCAUAAAUAGCUGGCAAGGAUGUGGUAGGCCAUGAUGGAUACUAUAUUUACGCAAAAGCACAUAAAAAUAUUUGGUUUAACGUUUACUAGUAAGUUCUUGGACGCAUAGUUUUAUACACUUAAACACACACACACACACCCAUUAUCGAAAAAAGAGUCACUAUUUACGAGUAAACUAAACUUCCGGAUUAACAGCCUCGAAUCAGUGUUUUAAGAACCAUCACUUGAUGUGUUUGUCACAUGUAACAGGACGGAAAAUGAUGAAGACAAAACAAAAAGCUUAAAAUGUAAAUCCUAACGAGAACGGACUCGAAGGGUACGCAAUAUUGUAUUUAUCCUCCAAAGGACACGUUGAAUUGUUCAAAUUGUUUAAACAAUCGGAUGUAAGAUUUACCUGGCAUACACAGAGGAACCAUGGAUUCGCCAUACACCUUCACCUAGGCGCGGUAGUUUUAUUGCUUCACUGUAUGUCCAGCGAACAGCUCAUGGUGUAUUACACGUAGGUGCAUGUUACGCACAUAAAAAUUACCAUUAAACAAAAAAAAAAAACAAAGAAAA